ACUAACUGAUGACGUAAAUUUUGAUUGAACAAAUGGCGCAUUAUUCCAUUUUAGGAAUGUUAUGAAAUAAAGUGGUUUCCCAAAGAGUGUGUUCAUUAUAUGAAACAUAAUGCAUUUUGUGACAUCCAAUUGAUGUUUAAGCGAUAUUGUGCUUGAAAACAAAGCUUGAGAAUGUGGAUACAGACAACUGUCAUAUAUAAGCAGAAUUUGAUGACGUAGAGCCCAAGUACACAUUGCGCGAAAUUCGCUUAUAUUUUCUGUCGAUCGAAGUCCACUAAAGCCUAACCUGAAGUAGUAUUACCAAAAUACAGAUGGGAUUUCCAUUAUGGAACAAGUGUGUGUGGUUGAAAUCAGUGGAAAAAAUUCUGAAGGGAAAUCUGAAUCUACAAGUGGCAGUGGAAUCAUUGUCAAUGCAACACACGGACUAGUGAUCAGUCAUGCUUCUUUGCUCUACCCAUUCACUGACAGUCACAACCCUAUAAACUAUGCAGACAAUAAUAAUGUAAGGUAUAAGGUGUUAGUUCAGACUCCUGAAAAAAACAAAAAGAAACAGGUAACCUUGAACGCAAGCUCAGCAUUAGAAAAAGAGUAUAAUAAGACAUUAGAUCAUGUGGAUGACAAUGUUUUACAUUCAAAACUUAUUAAAACACACUAUGCAGAAAAUGUCUUAAUAUGGGAAUGUAAGGCAUUUAAAGAUUCAUUAAGAAAACUUAUGUCAAAAUAUGAUGGCUGGAAGUUUGCUGAUGAUCCAGCUUUGUCGACUGUAAAGCAAGGAGCAAAAUCACAAGAAAUUGAGGCCAAAGAUGACAUUGAUCAUGAAAAGCUGAAUUCUUUGUUGUCAUGUUUCAUCAUGCUGAAACUAGAGAAUUGGACACCACAAACAUCCAUGAUAGAUGUUCCAGUAUACCCAAGUGUACAGUUAAGAAUUGGCCAGACAUGCAGAGUUUUAGGGACUCCCUUUGGAACUUUAAGUCCUGCCGUCUUUAUGAACUCUUUAAGCAGUGGCGUAAUCAGUAACGUAUCAGGAGUGAAUAAUGCCUUGAUUUUGACUGACGCGAGAUGCAUUCCGGGAACUGAAGGUGGCCCAUUGUGCAUACAGAAAAAUAACCAUAGGCAAAUCGCAGGUUUAGUUGUGACAUCACUUUGCUGGAAAACAAAUGAGUGGAUCGGUCUUUCUGUAGCCUGUAGCUUUUCAGAAAUUCUCUCCUCCUUACAAGAGAGCUUGCAGUUUGAUGAAUCAGCCAUCAUUCAAAGCAUUAAAAGCAGAGUAUCUACCUUAGCAGUUGAAGCUAAGCCUCAGGACAAACAAGUAAUAAACCAGCCUGAUAUGAGAUCUGUUGUGUUUGUGAGGGCUGCAACGAGUUGGGGUAGUGGCAUCGUAAUAGAUGGCGCCUCUGGUUUAAUUCUCACAUGUAGUCAUGUCAUCAAAGAUGCGAAGGCUCCAGCUGUAAGAGUGAGGUCCCAUACACGCCUGAAUAUAUGGUACAAUGUGGAGAUAGUCUACAGCACUCCAUUGUCCAAAGUGUUCGAUGUGGCCAUUCUAAAGUUGCUCAACUACACACCAGAUUCUCUACCUCAGGCUAAUAUUUGCUCAGAUGUUAAAAAAGGUAUGACAGUGUAUGCAGUUGGCCAUGCUCUGUUCGACAGUCAGCAUAACCUCUCUCCAACCAUGACUAGGGGAAACAUCUCAACUGUGGUCUCCAGAGGACAUAUGCCAGUCAUUCUACAGAGCAGUUGUGCAGUACAUUCAGGAGCUAGUGGGGGAGCUUUAAUGACUCCUGAGGGACUGGUUGCUGGACUGAUCACAUGUAAUUCCAGGGAUACUGAUAGUGGUGCCUGUUUCCCACAUGUUAACCUAAGUGUUCCUCUUCCGACCAUCUGGCCAAUAUUGCGACACUACAUUCAAAACAAAGAUGUGAAGAUUCUGAAGCACCUGAAUGUUGAAGAUAUGGUCAUUGCGAGCCUGUGGAAGCUUCAGAGAUACAUUCAUCAAACACUUAGUCGUCUAUAAGGAGCUUUCAUAGAUGCAACAUAUAAUUACAAUAAUGAUGACUGUAAUAAAACAUGAAACAUUCCAUCUGAAGGCAUUACCAUAUAUACAAUCAUACGUUGGACAUUAUUGGCCAAAUAUUAGUGAAUUAACCCACCUGGGGUUCAAAGUAUGCCUAUAUUGUAAACCUGGAACUGUUCCAGAUGAUUUAAUUCAGAAAGUCUGAUUUAUUUCAUAUCAUAUGGAAACAUUAUCAAGUAGAAUGAUUAUACUUUCUCUUAAAAUUGUGCCUUUUGACUUCUGUUAUUAU